CGUUUUGUUCCACCCCUUUUUCCCAUCACCCUCCAAACAGCCCCUAUUUCCUCCCUUUCUUUUUGGAAGAGAAACUGUCUGAGGAGGAGUACCUCCUUCUCAAUUUAACUCUUUGACUAUGGUACUCUUUUCCUCCCUGACCCCAGUCUUCAUAGCAGCGAUAUGUGUUUUGAUUGGGAUGAUUCUGAAAAGCACAAGGAAAAGCAGCAAGAAAGAAAAGAGUGAUACUAAAAAUAAGCCAGAAUCUCGCCCAUGGGUGGAUGAAGACUUAAGAGACAGCACUGACCUUCAUGUAGAAGAAGACGACAUUGAUGAGGAGUGGCAAGGAUUAGAUGAAAACAUUGCACAUGUCUCUUUCUCUGCUGAGCGCUAUUCUGAGGAUGAAAUGAUUAAAAGGUCAAAGGAAUUUUAUGAGCUUCUCAAUAAGAGGCGGACUGUCAGAUUUAUAAGUGAUGAGCCAGUCCCCAAGGAGGUUAUUGAUAAUGUCAUCAAAACAGCAGGAACUUCUCCCAGUGGAGCACACACUGAACCUUGGACUUUUGUAGUAGUGCAUGAUCCAGAAAUAAAACAUAAAGUUCGGGAGAUCAUCGAGGAGGAGGAAGAAGUAAACUACAGGAAAAGGAUGGGAGACAAAUGGGUGCAUGACCUAAAAAGACUGAGAACAAAUUGGAUCAAAGAAUACCUGGAUACAGCUCCCUAUCUGAUCCUCAUUUUUAAGCAGGUGUAUGGGAGACUUCCAAAUGGCAAAAAGAAGACCCAUUACUACAAUGAGAUCAGUGUUUCUAUUGCCUGUGGUAUCCUUCUGGCUGCACUGCAGAAUGUGGGUCUGGUCACAGUGACUUCUACCCCUCUGAAUUGUGGCCCUCGUCUCAGGGCGCUGCUUCAACGCCCGGCAAAUGAGAAGUUACUCUUGCUGCUCCCUGUCGGAUAUCCCAGCAAAGACGCCACUGUGCCCAAUCUGACACGGAAGCCCCUGGAUGAUAUUAUGGUGGUUAUGUGAGCAUGGAAAAAUCAAGGCGAGCAACUACCAAAAUGCCUGUUGUAAAUCAACAACUCACAUAAUUCUGCUUCUCUUCAUUUCUAUUGUGCACAGUUCAUCUUUGUCCUUUUUUAUGCAUCUGCUGUGCCGGCUGUUUAUACUGGUAUGCCUUUUUAGUGCUAGCAAUUGCAGUGGCUACAUUCACUAUAUGCAGUGAGUAGUCAAGCAUGGUGAAUUUGACAGCUGCUAUUAUCAAUGAGCCUGGUUGAUUGUUCCAGGGGAUGUACACAAUGGCAUUUAAAUGACCUUCAUCACUCAAAUUGCUUCUUCACCUGAGGGGACAACUUUUUUCCUGAAUUGGGAAAUUGCCCUUGUGUGAUACUUUUGUGAUUGUCACUUGCACAGCUAUUUUCAUAUUAGGGCUUUUGUUCGAGGGAAGCAUCAGAGAGCUUAACAAAGAAUGUAAGGAGACCUAAGUGGCUCAGAUAAUUGAUAUUGCUGAGCAUGCAUUUUUCAAGCACUCCUCUGGUAGCUGUAUUAAACUUUGCAAGGAGAGAGAUCUUACCUGUCUGAACUAGACUUUUCUCAGACUGCCUUUGCUUUGGUGUCAUUGAUAGGGGCCCCCAGCUGUGGGCAGACUAAAGCAGUGGUUUUCAGCCUUUGGUACCCCCUGCCAAUCGACACGGGAAAAGCGAAACCAGGAGUCCCACCAUGGCACUUCUGGUUUCACUGCCAUGAGUCAAGUCCCACUUUUUCCAUCACGACCCAGGGCAAAGCAGCCUGUUCAGGGCCUCCCUCCCUAUCCCCCAGCACGCUGACACUGGGGAGUGAAAGCCCCGGUGCACCAGACAUGGCAGGAGGGGCUGUGGCUGGAACUUCCAGCCUGAGCAGGGAAAGACCAAAACGCAGCACCUGUGUACCCCCUGCCCAUGUCUCGCGUACCCCCAGGGGUAUGCGUACCAUGGGUUAAGAAGCACACAAGCUAAUUUCCAUCUAUUUACAUUCUCACGCACAUCCUGUCACACUUUUAGCUUCUUUCACUCCUUUGAGUCUCAGACCAGCAGAGUCU